GCUUCAUUAAAAUUUCCUCGGUGAAAACUUCAACUUGGUUUUUCAGACUUUUGGCGAAGUCUCUGUGAACAUAAGAUGGUAGAGGCCUCAUACCUGACUAUGAAGACCAGCAUCCUACUUCUGUUCCUUUGGGGGUUAUCUUGUGCUAUCCCAGUGGCCAGAUAUCAGAAUACUGAAUUAGACAGCUCUGAGGAGUUGAAGGGUCAUUUGGCUGAGACACCACCACCACCCACGGAGAACAGUGAGUCCUCAGAGGAAAGUAAAGUUAGCUCAGAGGAACAGACAAAUGACCUGAGUGACAGCAGUGACACUGAAGAGGACCUGAGCUCUGAUGGUGAUCAGUACAUGCAUGGAGCAGCUGGUGGCCUCUCUCAGCGUGCAGGACCAGGAGAUGACAGGGACGAUGAUGAGGACGACAGUGGAGAUGACACCUUUGGGGAUGAGAACAACAGCCCAGGGCCUGAAGGGGACCAAGAAGGAGGAAUGCCCAGAUUCGACAGUGAUGAGGAUUCUGCAGAUGCCACCCAGUCCCGGGACAUCAGCUCACAGGAAGACAGUGCCCAGGAUGGCCCCAAUGAAAGCAGGGACCUGGACAGUGGAGAUGAGUCGGACAGCAGGCCUGAGGCGGCGGACUCCACGCAGGACAGCGAGAGUGAGGAGCACUGGGUGGGAGGCGGCAGUGAGGGAGACAGCAGCCACGGGGACGGGUCUGAGUUUGAUGAUGAAGGCAUGCUGAGCGACGACCCAGAUGGCGCCUGGAGUGAGCGAGGCCCCUCCAGGAUGAGCAGUGCUGGUGUCCGGUCUAAAGAAGCUAACGGGGACAAUGAGCCGGCCAGCACCCCGGAUUCCGAUGACAGCCAAUCCGUGCAGAAUCCAGGCAGGAAGUUCUUCAGAAAGCCCCGCAUUUCUGGGGAAGAUGACCGAGGUCACCUUGCUGGCAGCAACACAAUGGAAGUCCAGAGUGACUCCACAGAAAACUCCAAGUCUCAGGAGGCUGGUCUAGGCCUAUCCAGGGAGGAAAGUGACAGCGACUCCCAGGAGGACAGCACAGACAGUCCGUCCCAGGAAGACAGUUCCAAUGGACACGACUCCAGCAGCGAGUCCAGCGAAGAGGCUGACCGGCCAUCCCAGGAAAGUAGCAGUGAGUCUCAGGAGGAGGCGACCAGUGAAUCGAGGGGUGACAACCCGGAUAACACCAGUGAGGCGGACCAGGAAGACAGCGAGUCCAGCGAGGAGGCGGGCUUGGGCACGUUCUCGAGUUCCGAGAGCGAGUCCCGAGAGGAGCAGGCUGACGGCCGGUCCAGGGAGUCGCCGGAGGGGGACAGCUCCAGCCCGGAGAGCGGGUCCGAGCAGGACAGCCACUCGGAGGAAGACGCUGACAGCGACUCUCAGGACAGCAGCAGGUCCAAGGAAGAUGACAACUCCACGGAGAGUACCUCGAGCAGCGAGGAAGACGGCCAGCCCAGAAACCUGGAGGCCGACAGCAGAAAACUAACGAUGGACGCUUACCACAACAAACCCACUGGGGACCAAGACGACAACGACUGCCAAGAUGGCUACUAGCGUUCGCUUUCCUCAGAACUGGUUCUGGCAGAGGGCAGUCUUGGAGGGGGCGGGGCUUAAGAGCAGGAAAAUCACUUUAACUAUAAUUUAUUGAUAGUUUUGAUCAGAAGCAGAACCAGGGACAAUUUCUUUCUUUUUUUUCUU